AUGGCUCCGUUACUUUCGAGUGCUCCCGCUGCAAUGCCCACCGCUUCGUAUGGCGUGCCAGAGACAUGGGAAUCGACACUCCUACGGGUAGAUUCACCCUUCAGCAACAGCUCGAUGCUGUUUACAGAUUCCGAUGCGAGUAAUGGACGCGAGUACCUUACACCUGGCAGCUCUUACGUCGCAUCAAGCGCAUCGCCCGAAGCUUGUGUCCCUGUGAGGCCGCGAAAGUCGAUUGUCACAGCCCUGCAGACAGCAAGUGAGCCCACUGCAAAAUCAACAGCCUUACGAUUCUUCGUGGUCGACGAUCCGAAAAAGCUCAAGGACAAGACUCAACUCAAGGCCAAUCGCCAGCAUGUUAUGCAUGAUUACCUCGACAAGGAACGGCAGAAGCCGACGAGCAAAGACAUCCGUAUCACCAAAUCUGGAAAUUCUAGAAAGCGGAAGCGGUCGAGUGUGGCUACAGCAGUGACAACUGAUAGCGCUGCACCAAGCAAGGCUAACCCUUGCCCCCACAAUACUUCAUCUGCAGAUCGCACACGCUCAGUACGCAAUUCGUGCUCCAGUGAUCAAGCACUGCAAUCAAUAGAGAGCAAUGUCGCUGUGUCCCGGGCAGCCCGAAUGCCAUCAACUCAGCAAGACUUGAUGCCAAAGCCGGUCAGGUUCGCCGACGAUAUAGCACCCCUCAUCCGAGGGAUCGCAGGUGGCUUCAAUAAUUCACGGUACCUGCGAGCAUCGAUGGAGAAGAUCCCUGGUCCCAAUUCGUAUAUUGGCAGCAACAUACAACCAUUUGCAUGCUGGCCGACGCUGAACGAUCCUUCGCUGAAUGUUGAACAGCUCAAAUGGAGUUGCAGUCGCAAAUUUGGGACUCGCGGGAUCAGUCUGCACUGGGUGCCAACGUUGCUCAAAUCGCGACACGCAUUUUUGAGCACAAUCUGCAUUUCGGCUUCACAUGACGAUAUCAUGAUGAGAGGCCAACAAGCGCCGCACGAGCGUCUUCCAUAUGGCUCUACAGCAAGGCUGAAGGUCAGGUCGGAAGUCCUGGCUCUUAUCAACCAGGCCCUAGCAGAUCCCGAGACGCAGAGCACAGAUGGCACAAUCAUUGCCAUUCUACAGGUUUUAAACAGCGAGAUGAUGGGCUGUGACGAUCAGAUCAUGCAGAUACAUCAGAAUGGUUUGCACGAUCUUGUCGGUCAGAGAGGAGGUCUAAGCAAAUUGGGCCUCGAUGGACAGCUGGCGAGCAUUAUCACCAUUACGAUGUACGUGAUUGGUGCACUUCGUGAAACCCAACCACGGCUUGAGUAUGUGAAACAUGCGAGCCAGCCGCGGACUUCAGUACCUCACGCAUCCGGGCAAAUACCAGAGUCCCCUUUGUACACUCGGCCGACGGGCUAUGAAAGCGUGAAGCGGGCGAUACAAGAAUCAAGCCCGACAUUCGAGCUCCUGCAGCUCCUCCGCCGCCUGACGCAUGCUUUCGUCCGAGAAACUACAAGGCUGGUGCCCGACUCGGGAUUCAACGCAGAACUCGACAGCGUCUGUUCUCUGCGAGAAAGGAUUUUCGCUCUCCCUUCGUCCUGCAAGAUCGCCAAGUCCUUCAGUUCGGCGCACACGCGAUCACAAUAUGAGUCGCUGCGGCUCACUGCUCUCGUCUACUCCCAUGCUCUGGCGACUAGACUCCCUUUUUCUGCUGCAUCAGCUCAACUAAGCCGUGUCUACAAUGGUAACACGGGAAGCUGUAAUCUCAACUCCGACCACUUACACAACGACGACAUUGGAAGCCUAAGCUGGCACACUUUGGUCCAGAAAGCUCUUGUCACAUCAAACCUAAGUGACUGCUGGGGCCACAUGGCAGGAGUUCUAUUCUUCAUCACACUGAUUGCUGGCGCUUGUGCGAAUCCUGAUUCGGUGGGUGUCAAUUCUCAGAGAGAGCCCGGUGGCGAGGAAGAUGAGAGUCGUAAAUGGCUGGCUGCGGUCACCAUACGAUGUAGCAUUGUGCUGAGUUUUGAACACGGUGGAGUGGUCUUGGACACGUUGAAAAGACUUGUCGGUAUUCAGCAGGUCUUGGGAAGAGCCGUCGGAAAGCCUGGUCUUGUCGAAUGCCGUGCAGUGCAAUCGAAUGCUGCCAUGGAGCUCGAUCGGAGGGUGUAUGGCCCAGCGGAGCCGCCGAGAGUGCAGCAGACGUUUGCAGACUUUGCGAUGGAUUUCAUGAAAGCUGCUGAGUAA